AUAACGACAUGGCCUAUCAUUCAACCUAGUGCAUUUUUGUCAGAUCUCUGGAGCAAAUCGUAGUUAGUGAGAAAAAAUACAUAUGACUGUUCAAAUCCUUCUGCGUACCUGGAAAUAGAGAUGCAUGAAUGCAAUUGUCUGUCGUCUUUGUGGCAGACGAUUGAUAACCCUGAGUACGAGGAUCGUGUUGAAUUAUCUUGCUUUUUUUAAACAAAUGUAACAUUUGAACUCAUGGUCGUUCAAAUUGUCAGAUUACCUCAUAAUAGCAAUUAAUCAUGUUUAUGUAAGCAUGUGUAUAGAUCUUUGAUAUGCAAGCACGGAUUCUUCCGAUAAUGCAUAUAAUUUCUGACCUAACCAAAGUUAUGUCAGCUAUUGCCAUCGAUGAUCUCUUAUCCAAAUUAAAAUUAUGAAUACAAUUGUACAGAACACUAAAAAGACGAGUUAUUGUGGUAUAAUUGAUCAGUGUAUCAACGACUUGUAAUUAUGAAUAAUACCAGAGACACACCCACGUAUCAAAUUUAAUCGUAAGAGACAAUGUUCCGAAGUCGCAGCUGGUUUGGCGGAAGCCUUUGGAAACCCAAGAACCCACACUCUCUCGAACACCUCAAAUACCUUUACAAUGUUUUAUCUAAAAAUCAGACUGUAUCAGAAAACAACAGAGGUUUGCUGGUAGAAACCCUACGUUCGAUAGCUGAAAUUUUGAUAUGGGGCGAUCAAAAUGAUAGCAGUGUGUUUGAUUUCUUCCUUGAAAAGAAUAUGCUUUCUUUCUUUCUGCGCAUAAUGAAGCAGAAAUGUGGAAGUUAUGUAUGUGUUCAACUUCUGCAGACGCUCAAUAUCCUGUUUGAAAAUAUUCGCAACGAAACAUCUUUGUAUUACUUAUUAAGCAACAACCACGUAAACAGUAUAAUAGUUCACAAAUUUGACUUUAGUGACGAAGAAGUGAUGGCUUACUACAUCAGUUUUUUGAAAACUCUGAGUUUGAAGCUAAACGCGCAUACAAUCCACUUCUUUUAUAACGAGCACACAAAUGACUUUCCACUUUAUACUGAAGCCAUCAAAUUUUUCAAUCAUACUGAAGGCAUGGUGCGCAUUGCGGUACGCACCUUGACUCUGAACGUAUACCGUGUUGAAGAUGCAUCGAUGUUAGCAUUCAUAAGGGACAGAACAGCCGCACCAUAUUUCAGUAAUCUUGUCUGGUUUAUUGGAAAUCAUAUUAUUGAAUUGGACACCUGCGUUCGGAACGAUGCGGACCACCAGAGUCAGAACAGAUUGUCCGACUUAGUAGCAGAGCACCUCGACCACCUUCAUUAUUUAAACGAUAUUCUCUGUUUAGACAUCCCGGACUUGAAUCAAGUUCUGACUGAACAUUUACUGCAUAAAUUGUUAGUGCCUUUGUACGUUUAUUCAUUAACCAGGCAUAAGACCCAAUUUUUCCAACCUAAAGUGAGUCAAUAUAACUUAUUCAUACCAAUCAUGCUAAUAGUGAAAUCGAAUUACCAUACAAAUCUGAUAACUAUUGAUUUUCAGGAUAAAAAGAAACAUGUCAGUGCUGUAGUUUCCCUAUUUUUACUUUCACAAGUGUUUUUAAUUAUAUCACACGGACCAUUGGUUCACACCCUCGCUUCUAUAAUAUUAGAAGCUGAUUUAGAUAUUAUUGAAAAUGGCGCUGGCAAACUGCUUGAGGAAUAUUCAACCUUCGCUGCUACUGAGACAGUUGCUUUUGCACAACCACCUGAAACUCUUGAACGGUUGUUCGAAAGUUUGGAUGAAGUUCAAAGUGAAACUGUAAUUUCUGAAACAGAGCUGUCUACUGAAGAUAUGAAUGAAAGAUGUAGCAAAGAAGAAUCAACUGAGUAUGCAGCUAUAAAUACUCCAACUACCUCCUAUGUCAACUCAGAAGCUACACCUCGACCACAAGUCUUAGAUAUCAAUACUCCAAGUGAAACAUUAGACAAAUUAAAAAGCCUGAAUGUCACAGACGAAGAAAAAGAACAGCGGCUAGCUCUCGAAAGUCCAUUAGCGCCUCAACCAUUAUUUGACGACAUGCAACAAUCAUUGGCUAAUAAACCAUUUCUUGAAGCUAUACUAAAUGCUUUGAGUUGCACCGAGAAUGAUUACGCAGCAUUAUUUUCACUAUGUUUGUUAUAUGCCUUAGCUAAUAAUGAGGGAGUCAAACCUGAAGUUUUAGACUUGGUUUUAUCGCCAUCAUAUAAAGCAUUGACUAAAAAUUGGUACAAUCAAACUCUUGUCGAUAGAUUAAUUCAGAUCGUAACAUUGAGCUGUCAAACGAAUACUAAAGUACGGUUGGUUACUCUUGAUUUAGCCAUCAAGCUACUCAUACAGUUGGUAAUGUCUGGAAGUCAGAGUUUGCUUCAGGAUCGUCAUUUAGCAGCCAUUGAAACCGCGAGAGAGCAAAGUACUUCAUUACUCAGGAACUUUUACAAGAGUGAAGACAUAUUUUUAGACAUGUUUGAAGAUGAAUACAGUGAAAUCCAAAAGAAACCAUUGAAUGUCGAGUGGUUGAUGAUGGACAGUAAUAUACUACUUCCACCCACUGGAACUCCUAUGACUGGAAUUGAGUUCAGCAAACGGUUGCCUUGUGGAGAGGUAGAAAGAGCAAGGCGAGCGAUAAGAGUGUUUUUCCUAAUACGAGAAUUAUCAUUAACUCUCAGUGCUGAACCAGAGACGCAUCUGCCAUUGACAAACUUGGCAGCCUGCGUGCAGGUCAACAACGUUCUUGACCUAAAUAAUACCGAUCUUAUUUCUUGUACAAUCGUGGGUAAAGAUGGGCAGAAGAUCAGACGCUUUUUAGUGAUGGACCUAAUCCAAAUAAUAUUGGUUGAACCAGACACGAGAAAGCUGGGCUGGGGAGUUGCAAAAUUAGUUGGUUUGUUACAAGAUAUUGAAGUUACUGGCGAUAAAGAUGAUUCUAGGUGUCUUCAUCUGACAAUUCAUCGACCAUUGAGUAGUAGUGCCACUAAUAGAGUCCCGUUGCUCUCAGCGAAAUGUAUUUUGGAUGAUCACAUAAGAUGUAUGGCAGCAAAGCAGCGAUUAACUAAGGGAAGAAUCAAGGCAAGACAAAAAAAAAUGAGUCAAAUAGCCAGACUUCUAGAUAUUCCAACUGGUAUUCCACACUGCCCUACACCACCAAACUAUACAUUGCUCAAUGUGCGCCAAGAACGUACAACAGGGAGAGGACAAAAAACAAAGGAUCAACCAAGGUCCAUGUUCACAGUAAACAAAGUGCCAGGGUUUGCCGCUCAAAUGCGACGAGAUAGUUCCUCUCGAUCUGUUGCUGGGCAUUCAGCAGCAAAUAGUAAACAUACUGACAGUAGUCCAGAUGGCAAGGCCCGGGAAAAUGGUUUGAAAUCUCGAGAGCAUUCGCCAAAAUUGCCAAGACCUAAGAGUGAAGAAAUUCCACUUGAAGACAUGCGUAACAGAAAAGCAUCUCUAGGAAAAGUCACUUGUCCCCCUGCAGUGAUCCAGGAGAGAGUGGAAAUUUCUACUUCAUGCGUCCAUUCGAUAUCCGAAACAUCACCAGUAUCUAGAAAAUCUUCUGAAGAAACUUCGUUCACUUCGCCUCAAAACCAGACAGAAACAAAGCCACGUAGAAAAGGUCAGGUUGAAACUGUUUGAUCUUACGAUGCAAAUGUAAAGAUGCCAAACAAGAUUGUUGAGGCACAACUUACAUAAUGAACAUAUUAAUUUCGUUUCGUUCAAUUUUCAUGACAAUCUGAGUUAACGAUUGCGUUGUAACUCAUGGAUUGACAAAUUUUGACUGCAACUAUUAAAACUCCUGAUAUUGAUCCAUCUUUACAUAUCAUCGCUCAAAAAAAUCUAUUGCCAAUCAUUACAACUAUCUAAACCAAUCACAAAGUAACUUGGGCAAAAUCGUACAUUGCGGUCAAUCUGAGAACAAUUAUGCUAUUAAUUAAUCUAUAGAGUAAGUACUGUUACUAGUGUUACGCCAAGACCGCAUGAUCGCAAUUUUUCAACUACAAACUUAAUUGUAUUUUAUGUUGCCCUAAACGGUUCAGCAAUUAACGAUUAUGUGCAAUUAGAUUCAUAUAGUGUUGAUCAAUUAUUGUCCAAUGUUUCAUAAGAUUACAGCCUGCAGAUUGCUUGUUUUUUGCCAUACGUAUAAGUGUACAUACAUAUGUAGACAAUAUGCAAAUUUUUAAAAAGUUUAAAAA